GGUUUAAAGGUUGUCCUGAAUGAAAUGGCAGAAGGGUACGACUGGUUCACCAACCAAAGAAAAUCUCCACCUGCUUCCUCUUCCCCUCUUUCAUGUCACGACAGCAGCUCCAUCCAAAAAUGUCUGCCAGUGAAAACUCUGCAGCCUUUCUCGAAUGAUGGUAAAAUUAAGGAUGACGAAGACUCCGGGGGCCGUCAGGUGAACGAGGGUCCUUCGCCUCAUUUGUAUGAGGAACUUUUCUGUGCUGGUCAAACUUCCAUCCCUCUGGGCCGUCUGGCCAGUGCCCUCAUGACCUCGUCUGGGCUGCAGACUGAUGUGGUGAAACAAGGUUACCUGGGGAAGCUGGAGCGGAACCACAAGAGAUAUUUUGUCCUCAGAGCAGGAAGUCACACCGGGCCAAGCCGACUCGAGUGGUACAAGAGCCAGGAGAAGUUCAUGGCAAAGGAGAAGUCUUCUGGCAAAGCUGCGCUGUUUGGGUCGAGCAAACAAGGAGUGAUUUACUUGCGCUGCUGUCUUGGCGUGAGCCGGAUUGCCAGUUCCCGGAAAGGCCACAGUGUGGCGUUGUAUCCCAAGGAUCAGACCAUGGUGCUGGUGAUGGAGGACCAGAAGGAGCAGGAGGAUUGGUAUGUAGCCCUUAAGAAACUGAUGGAGGAAGAGCAAAACGAUGAAGAGUAUGGCGAAGGAGCUGAUGAAGACGAUGAUGGCUAUUGCACUCUGCCCCCUGCUGCUUUCUUUAAAGAGGUUUGGCCCAUUACGGUGAAGCCCAGAGGUCUGGGUAGCUCCAAGUCCCUCACUGGUGAGAAUCGGCUCUGCCUCACAGCAACAUCUCUGAUCUUGGUGAGAGUGGGUGCAGGAAAUGAUUUGCCAUCCGUCACGAUACCUUUGUUGAGCGUUCGCCGCUUUGGCCACUUGGAGGGCUUGUUCUACUUGGAGCUUGGCAGGUCUGCACCAAAUGGUCCUGGAGAGAUUUGGAUGGAAACAAACGACCAAGGAAACAGAAUACUGGCCCAGCAUAUUCACGAGGCAGUUCGGGAGGCAGUUCGGGCACUACGAGUUCUUCCAGAUUUGAGCUGCUCUCCAGUCUCCAGUCAGAGUCAGAAUAAAGGCCUUCUGGCCUCGAAACGCUGCAGACCUAAAUACAGAAACAGAAUGGUAAAUGUAAGAGCACAGCGCCCCUUAGUCUUGUUCCCCAGAAGUCCUGACAUACAGACUAGUCCUGCACAGUCUUGUGUAAAGCCCCUCGAACCAGACGAAACAAAUCCUGAAUCAUCUCCAAGCUCGAGCUUUAAUUUCAGCCCUUGCAGAUCUCAGAAUAGAUCCAUUUCUGAAACUUGGAGUGACAUGGAAAUGAAGAUGGACCAAUGCGAUGCCGCAGCCUGCGAGAUGCAGGAGUCCAUUGACGACAGGGAGGGACUGGGAUACAUGAUCAUGUCCCCUCAUGUUAGCCGCAGCUCAUCUGUGUUAUCUCAUGAUGACUAUGUUACCAUGGCAAGCCCACAUAAAAAUAGCCAACCAGCUUACUCGUCAUCCUCUGCGUCUCUGCAGACAUCAUUCAUCAGCUCCUCCUCUGACAGCAGCUCUCCCCUGGACCCGCCUCAUCAUCUGACCAAUGAGCACAGUCGGCCACACUGGCUGAUGACACCAGCCCAACAGUCAAAAAUGGAUGCUGACCAAUCACAGAUGAGCAUCAGUUGCUCCACUGAACCACAAGUUGAUGCAAAGCAGGAAGGCAGUAAAAGCUCAGCACAGACUGGAGUCACUUCUCCUUCAGGGAGCAUUGAUGGGUCUGACCUGAAAAGUCCAUUUGUCCCAUUUGGAUCAGGCUGCAGUGGGCCGAUCCAGGCUAGUUUCCACUUGGAUACAGAUCAGUCUAGUCAAUUCCAAGCUGUACCAGACCAGUCUAGUAUUAGAAGAUGCUGGCUGUCAUUGCUCCUGCCUGCUUGCCUUCAAGCUGAGGACGCAUCCUGAGUGUUUGUAAUGAUUUAAUGUUUUGUUUGAAUCUCAGUGUAAAGAAAAGCUAAGUAUUUAUAGGUCACUUUACAAAUGAAAAACUUGAAAAUGAAAAUAAAUAUUUCAGUGAGAUUGUUGCUGACACUUGUUGCACUUGAUCACUUGCAGUCGUUGCACAUGAAAAGAGAAGCUGGGACUAAUGUCUUUACACAGUUUAGU